CAAACACAGUUGGUAAUGGCAGCUUCAUUCACCACUCUCCCACCUUAUUGCUCCAUUCACAAGACACCCUUUACCUCAAACUCUAAGCUGAUCUUAAGAGCCAUACCUCAAAUUCCGCUCCAAAAUCAUGCUUCCCAAGCCAUCACAGACAUUAAAACCAAAUUUCUUAACGCUAUUGUGGAUUCAGCCUUUGAGUUUGUCGACCAGCUAGUGCUUCCAUCUCAGACAAACUUUGCUCCGGUGGAGGAAUUAGGGGAAGCCAUGGAUAUCAGUGACAUUGAAGGCCACAUACCAGAUCAUUUUCCAGAAGGUGUCUACAUUAGAAAUGGAGCAAACCCACUGUUUGGAGGAUUGAAAUCAUCGAAGUCUGUGUUGGGGAAGACAAAGAGUAUUUGGGUGGAAGGAGAAGGAAUGCUUCAUGCUUUGUAUUUCAAAAGGAAAAAUGAUGGCAGCUACACCAUCUUCUACAACAACAGAUACGUUCAAACUGCAACAUACAACCUUGAGAAACAAAGUACCAAGCCUUUGUUUCUCCCUGCAGUAAAAGGAGAUUCAUUGGCCGUUAUGUGUUCUAUGCUUCUAAACUGGCUGAGAUUCGGAAAACUGAAUAAAGAUUACAGCAACACCAAUGUGUUUGAGCAUUCAAACAAGUUUUACUCGGUUUCGGAGAAUUACAUCCCACAAGAGAUUGACAUCUUCACACUAAAUACUUUAAACUACUGGGAUGUCAAUGGCGCAUGGAAUCGUCCCUUUGCAAGUCACCCCAAGAAAGUUUUGGGUACUGGAGAACUGCUUAUUUUUGGUGUAGAUGCAACUAAACCUUAUCUUGAAAUUGGAAUAGUAUCGGCUGAUGGAAAGGAGCUGGUUCACAAAGCAGAUAUAGAACUAGACAGAAGCAGUUUAUGCCAUGACAUAGGUAUCACAAGAAGGUAUAUAGCGAUAUUGGAUUUUCCACUGAUUGUUGAUUCAAACAGACUACUUAGAAGAGGCCAAUUAAUCAAAUUCGACAAGGAGAAAUAUGCCAGAAUUGGGAUAAUGCCGCUGUAUGGUGAUGCUAACUCAAUCAAGUGGUUUGAGGUGGAACCUAAUUGCACAUUUCAUCUCAUCAAUUCCUUUGAGGAUGGUCAUGAUGAGGUUGUGUUGUGGGGUUGUAGAGCCCUAGAUUCAAUAAUUCCAGGACCUGAAGAUGGUUUGAAGGAAUCUGAGUUAUUCUCUCGGUGUUAUGAAUGGAGAUUAAACAUGAAAAGUGGAGAGGUUAAGGAAAAAUAUCUCACUGGACCAGAACAAUUUAUGGAUUUUCCAAUGAUCAAUGCAGGUUUUACAGGAAUUAAGAACAGAUACGCAUACACCCAAGUGGUUGAUCCCACUGCAAGUUUUGCUGCAGAUAUUCCUAAAUACGGAGCUUUAGCGAAGCUAUACUUUGCGGAACCAUGUUCAGAAUUCCCUGUGGGAGAGACACGACAAGAAGAGCUUAUAAGAGUGGAAUAUCAUAGGUUUGAAAAAAAUGUAUUUUGCACCGGAUCUGCGUUUGUCCCUAAGGAAGGUGGCGUGGAAGAAGAUGAUGGUUGGAUAAUCACCUUUGUUUACAAUGAAGAUACUGGCGUAUCUCAAGUUCAUAUAGUUGACACAAAGAAGUUUUCAGGAGAGGCAGUUGCCAAAAUUACAAUGCCUUGCAGAGUUCCAUAUGGAUUUCACGGAGCUUUCGCGUCAAUCUCAUUUUAGGUGUGGGGGUUGGGUUGUGUUUAUUGUGUUAAUUAGUAACUCUAGACACUAAGGUUUGUUUUAUGUGUUAUUAUCUACUUGGCUACCAUUAUUUAAAAUAAAAUAUUAUUAGGUUUC